GAAGCAAAGUCUGCCGGCGUUUGUACGCCGGCCACAAUUCCUGAGUAGGGUCUUUGCUUUUUUACGGGGAGUCUCCUCACCCCGGAAUCGCCUGUAUUAGGAAAUCACUUAAUCUUUGGUUUCACUGUUCUCGCAUCCUCUUCCUGAAUAGUUUCUUGCACUUCUGGAGAUUGAAAAACUGCAGAGAGGAGAGGUGUGGCUCUAGGAAAAACAAGCAAAGCUCACGUCCCAAGGGCUGGGGCUUCCUGGAGAAGGGUAAUUUCCUGCCUUCUUAAGUCGGCUACCAAAAUCAGUUAUUUUGCUCCCAACCCCAGAGCUUCAGUUGCUCUUUUACUUCCCAGUUGCGCAAGAGCACUGGGCGACAAAGAGUUAUGGAGAAGCGCCUGCAGGAGGCCCAGCAGUACAAGGAGGAAGGGAACCAGCGCUACCGGGAAGGGAAGUACCGAGAUGCUGUGAGUAGGUACCAUCGAGCUCUGCUUCAGCUGCGGGGUCUGGAUCCAAGUCUGCCCUCCCCGAUACCUAACCUAGGGCCUCAGGGCCCGGCUCUCACACCUGAACAAGAAAACAUACUGCAAACCACCCAGACAGACUGCUACAACAAUCUAGCUGCCUGUCUCCUUCAGAUGGAGCCAGUAAACUACGAACGAGUGAGAGAAUACAGUCAGAAAGUCCUGGAACGACAGCCUGAUAAUGCCAAGGCUUUGUAUCGGGCUGGAGUAGCCUUUUUCCAUCUGCAGGACUAUGACCAAGCUCGACACUACCUCUUGGCGGCCGUCAAUAGGCAGCCUAAAGAUGCCAAUGUCCGGCGGUACCUCCAGCUGACACAGUCUGAACUCAGCAGCUACCAUAGGAAAGAGAAGCAGCUCUACCUGGGCAUGUUUGGUUAAUGAAGAAGAAAGAUGCUCCUUCACUUGAAGUUAGGUGGACUAUUAACACCCAUCAAGGGGAAACCUGAGCCUCAGCAAGAGAAAUUAACCCUAUACCUCUGACCCAGGUGGAUUUCUGUUUUCUUUCCAGUUCUGCAGACUCUUUACUACUUAUACAGUCUGUGUCUCUUUUUGUCUGUUAAUGUAUAUAUUUGUAUAGCUUUCAAUAGAUGUUGGGGAUAUUUGCCUUAAGAAAUACAAUCAGAAAACAU